CAUAAUUGUGGAUGCGAAGCUCGUUUUGCUCGUGGAAAAAUGCAAGGCACUAUUCUCGUCAGAAGUCCAUGAUGACGGGGGAAAGCGACAUCGAAGCGACAGCAGGUGCUAAAGCGGCUGAGAGAUAACAUCAGCCGAGGGAUGGCGAUUGUGGGCGGAGGUGCAGGUAUUGGGCUGAGUGCAAAGACACAAGAGGCAGGAGGAAUUGACCUCAUUAUCCUAUACAACUCGGGUCGCUAUCGGAUGGCUGGUAGAGGGUCCUUGGCAGGUCUGAUGCCUUACGGCGACGCGAAUGCUAUCAUGUUAGAAAUGGCCCGGGAAACUCUGACCAUUGUGAAAGAUACGGCGGUCUUAGCAGGCAUAUGCGGAACGGACCCAUUUCGGGAUAUGUCACAGCUGCUGAAGGAGGUCAAAGACUUGGGUUUUACUGGAGUCCAGAACUUCCCUACAGUUGGCCUCAUUGACGGUGUAUUUCGACAGAACCUGGAGGAAACAGGAAUGAGCUAUGAGAAGGAGGUGGAAAUGAUCCGAAUGGCACACGAAUUCGAUCUGCUGACGACACCGUACGUCUUCAACGUCGACGAGGCCGAACGAAUGGCGAGGGCGGGAGCUGAUGUCCUCGUAGCUCAUAUGGGCCUCACGACGAGCGGUACUAUUGGUGCCAAAACUGCGUUGACCCUCGAUGAUUGCGUGGUCCGGAUCAAGAAGAUUCUGGAUGCAGCUGUGAAGAUCAAACCAGAAAUCAUAGUUCUUUGCCACGGCGGUCCCAUUGCCACUCCAUCAGAUGCAAAAUAUAUCAUUGAAAGGGUUCCGGGUAUUCAUGGGUUCUUUGGUGCUAGUUCACUCGAGCGGCUGCCAGUCGAGUCCGCCAUGAAGGAGGUUGCUCAGGAAUUUAAAUCAAUCCGUUUACCUGCCCGCCUGUGACUGUAUUAUUACUAAAUACGCCAGACCGUUUUCAAUCUAUCGAGGUGGGGACAGGAGACAUCGAUGCCUACCAGUGACACUGCAUACUGAUAGCGCUAGAUAUUAAAUUUAUUCAGACAGCUGAGAAAUGAAUGAUCCAGUAAACCAUAGUUAGAAUGCAAGCUGAAAUCAAAUCUGCCAAAGUUCGGUGGUACUCAAGUUGGUUAUAUCGGAGACGGCGCGACUU